AUGCAUGAUGAAUCCGCUGACCCCCUGCAUAACGAUUCAAAAAAAUCCCAAGGGUAUAAUGGUGAUAUUGAUAAUGGUAAUGGUAAUCAUAAUUAUAAAGGUAAUGAUAAUGGUAAUGGUAGUGACACUUGUAAUAAUAGUGGUAUUGAUAUUGGUAAUGAUAAUAGUAAUGGGAAUCAUUCUGAUAAUGGUAAUGAUUAUAAUAAUGGUAAUGGUAAUGAUAAUGGUAGUGACACUUAUAAUGCUAAUGGAAGUGAUAAUGGGACUGAUAAUUAUAGUGGUAUUGAUAUUGGGAAUGGUAAUAGUAAUGAUACUUAUAAUGGUAAUGAUAAUAAUUAUAGGGAUACUGAUAAUGGUAAUGAAGAUGAUAACUAUAGUGAUAAUGAUAGCUCUACCGGUAAUGAUAAUGGUAAUGGUAAUGGUAAUGAUAAUAAUGAUGUUAAUGGUUGUGAUAAUAGUGAUUAUAAUGGUAAUGAUGAUGGUAAUGGUAAUACUGAUUGUAAUGGUGAUGGUGCUGAUGAUGGUAAUUAUAAUAGUAAUGAUAAUAAUAACGGUAGUUGCAGUGAUAGUGGCGAUAGAAUAAUAAUGGUAAUGGUAAUGGUAGUUAUAAUGAUAAUGAUAAUGGUACUGAUAAUAGUACAAAUAAUUGAUAAUGAUAAUGGUAACGGCAAUAAUAAUGAUAAUGGUAGUGAUAUUGAUAAGGUUAUUGAUAAUGAUGAUAGAAAUGGUAGUGAUAAUUAUAAUGAUAAUGAUAGUAGUAAUGAUAAUCCUAUUAGUAUUGAUAUUGGCAGUGAUAAUGAUAACCACAAUGAACUGCAAAUGGUUGUGAUAAUGACGCUAAAAAUUCAAUCACAAUUAAUCAAUCUAAAAUUAUUUUACUGCCCUGAGCGUUGUUUGAGUCGUUUGUCAAUCAAGUAA